GUGAAGGAAUCUGACAUCCUUCCCGAAGCAAGUAUGGAUAGGCAGGUUUGACAGCCGGACCUGCACUCAGCUUGCACCCUUUGAAGUUUCAAUUGUGAGCUGUGAACUGGGAUGCUACAUUCAGGUCCAAACUGCGUAUGCAUCCACAACUGAGCCAUGAGCCUUGCACUCCAUGAACUGCUGCUUUGCUGCCGUCAACUUGAAAAUGACAAAGCUACCGAGAGAAAGAAAGAAAUUGAAAAGUUCAAGCGUCUCAUCCGUGACCCUGAAACCAUUCGGCAGCUAGACAGUAAUUCUGAUUCCAGAGAUGUGAAACAGAUGAACUGGGAUGCUACAUUCAGGUUUCUGCAGAAAUAUAUCCAGAAAGAGACAGAGAGUGUCAGAUUAGCAAAGCCCAAUGUCUCUGCCUCCACACAAGCAGCAAGACAGAAAAAGAUGCAAGAGCUCAGCAGUCUGGUCAAAUGUUUCAUCAGAUGUGCCAACAAAAGAGCACCUAGGUUAAAAUGCCAAGAGCUUCUGAUUUAUAUCAUGAGCACAGUGAGCAAUCCAUCAAGUUGUGCUGUGCAUGGAACUGACUGUAGCAGCAUACUGCUAAAGGAUAUCCUUGCAGUGAGGAAAUAUUGGUGUGAAAUAUCUUCAAAACAGUGGUCAGAUCUUCAGAACCUGUACUGCGAAUUGUUUCUCAAGCCUUCCAGAGAUAUUAACAAAGUUUUGGUGGCUAGAAUAAUUUACACACUGACCAGAGGACUGUGCUUCCAAACUGAUGAGUUAAAUUCUAAUCUUUUUACCUUCUUUUCAAAAGCUAUGCAAUGUGCACGGAAAGAAAGAAACCCUGCAGGCCUGGAGCACAUUUUUGAAGCAAUGAACAUAUUCUUGGGUAUAUGUGCAGUAAACUACCGGAUGUGGGUUUGUAAGCUAGGGGAGGAAAUUCUUCCAACAGUCCUUUAUAUAUGGGCUCAACACAAACCAAAUGAUUCCUUGAAGGAGCAGAUCGUUCAGCUAGUUCAGCUGCAGGUUCGUGUUCAUCAUCCAAAUGGAGCUAAAACUCAGGGAAAAGGAGUAUGUGACUCAGCAAAAUGGCAAAGCAUUUUGUACAACCUGUAUGAUCUGUUAGUUAAUGAGAUCAGUCUCAUAGGCAGCAGAGGAAAGUAUUCUUCAGGCUCUCGCAAUAUUGCUUUGAAAGAAAACCUGGUUGACUUAAUGGCUGAUAUUUGCCAUCAGGUCUUUACUGAAGACACCAAAGUUCUGGAGAUCACUCAGUCAUAUGCCAUUACUCAGAGAGAGUGUGGCGAUGGAGAAGGACCCUCCAAACGCAGAAGAAUUGAAUUGGGUUGGGAAGUGAUUCGGGACAAUCUGCAAAAAUCACAGAACGAUUUUGAUGUCAUACCUUGGUUGCAGAUUGCCAUUCGAUUAAUAUCAAAGUACCCUAUGAGUCUUCCUCAUCAUGAGCUGCCUCACUUACUCAACAUACUGUAUCAGUUACUACCUCAGCAACGGCGGGGAAAACGAUCACCUUAUGUGUUAAGAUGCCUUAAAGAAGCUGCUUUGUGUCAGAGCCAAAAAUCAGAUCUGAAAACCACGCAAAGGUUAGAGCUGCAGCGAACGUGGUCGAAAAUAUGGUCUCUUGUUGUUCGUAGUCUGAAUUUCCAGCAAACUGAAAUGGAAAGUUUUGGGCUACUUGGAGUAAUAAUUCAAGAACACUUAGUAACAAUGGACAGAGAAAUCUGGAAGAUAUUUUCAGGAGCUGCAUGCAAGCCCUCAAGUUCUGCAGCUCAGUGCUUAGCAAUAGCAAUGGCAACUUUGGGAGUGCCAGAAACUUUGCGUAUCAGGACAGCACAGAAUUAUUGGGAAGGAAAUGCAAGUUAUACACCAAAAGAAACAAUAAUGAAGUGGCUUCUGUUCUGCCAUCUGGAGGAAGACAUGGAAGACAAUAUGGAGCUGCCUCCUAUUUUGUCCAGUGACUUUCCUAAUCUGGUGUUGCAGAAAAUACUUGUAAGCCUGACAAUGAAGAAUUGUAGAGCUGCACUAGAAUUUUUCCAGAAAGCUUCAGAAUGUAUGCGGCAUUCACAAAACAAAGAAGAAGCCAGUCUCUCAGAAACAGAAGCAUAUUUCCUGCAAACAACUUUUGAUGAAAUUAAUUUUUUCACAAAUGUGCCUGAUAAUACAACAGCAGACAAACUGCCUGGUUCUAGACUGAUUGUCAAUCAGAAACUGAGACAUGCCCUGGAGCAUGAUCUUUUGCUGAUGUCAGAACAGCUUCUUAAUAACAUCUCCCUUGAUGUGAUGCCUGCAGAAAUCCUAGUGCGUUGUGCUGGUCUCUUGACUGGUGUUCUGGGUUGCUAUUGCUAUGCUGGCGUACAGACAGAAGAGGAAGCAUGCUUGUCAGAGCUUUUUCAUAAAGCCAAGUCCCUUAUGCAUUAUGUUGGAGAGAGCAUUUCUCAGUCCAAAAGCAAGCUAAAUGAAGAUGCUAGGACACUUGCUAUGAAGGCUUUAAUCAUACAAUGUAUUAGUUGCUUAUGUAACUGUACCCAGAACAGCCCAAGAAAGAUCCUGUCUACUUUUUUCUUACAUUUGUUAACAUCGAAGUUGAUGAAUGAUCUUGCAGAUAUUUGCAAACAUCUCAUGGCUUUUACUGGAAAGCCAAGUGAAGCUGGAGAAGCGGAUUUAAUGGAAGGAGAUGGUGAGGGGAGUAGAAUGGAUGGAGAAAAGACGGUGUUGGAUUUAUUCGAUGACCAUUCUGGUGACGCUGGUGAUGUAAAUGAAGCUGGGGAGUUGCAGAUUUUGACAGGUGCUGUGAGCCCGUUAUCAGAAGAGCAUCUCACUAAACAGGAUUUGCUGCUCCUUGAUAUCGUCAAGUUCUUGUGUAUAGCUGUAACAGCGGCCCCGGUACAAAGUGUUUGCUUUAGACCUUCUGAAAUUCAGAGGAAACUCUUAAUGUUAAUAGAUAAAAAUACAUUCGAUCUCCUUAAACCACUGCACCUGCAAAUGUACUUACUCUUGUUGAAGGAGCUUCCUAAUGAAGAAAAUCCUUUGCCGGAAGAGCAUGUUGAGUCACUUCUCAAGCCUCUUCUGGAUGUGUGUUCCUUUUACCGUCGAGAUCAAGAAGUUUGCUCAGCAAUUCUUUGUAAUCUCCUUCCCCUGGUGACUGCUUUGGAUACUUCUGGAAGAAACGCAGGAGAUUUAAGAACAGCUCAAGGACGGUUUUUAACGGUUGUUGGAGCAUUUUGGCAACUGGCAAAUAAAGGGAAAUGCACAGCUCCCUUAAGAAUAGCCUUAGUGCGAUGCAUGAAGGCCAUGCUUCAGGCUGAUCCUCACUCAAAAUGGGCCUUGCUUAAUGUUAACGAUGAAGAAGUUCUUCCUGUGUGUGAUGUCUUCCCUCUCUUCCUUGCUGAUAGCAGCUUUCAAGUCUGUAUGGUUGCAGCUAAGUCAGUAACCAGUUUGUUUCAAGACGUGAAGCUGAGAGACUCAACCGGCUUACUGAAAGCGCUUCCUUUGAAGCUCCAGCAAAGAGCUUUUGAGCAGUUAUACAUGAGGGUUCAAGAAGGAGCAAAGAAACUGGGACAUAACAACGGGAGCCAAGAGAAUCAUCCUGAUGAAGAGAAUAAUAGGAAAUCAGUGCUCCUCACGUUAAUAUCUAUGAUUUUAUGCUGCAGUCCGGUGUGUGAGAAGCAGGCAUUGUUUGCAAUGUUCCAGUGUGUGAAAGAGAAUGGAUUAGAGCCUCUGCUUGUAAGAAAGGUAUUAGAAAAGAUUUCUGGCACUUUUGGCUAUAAAAGUGUCGACGACUUCCUGAAUACCCACUUGGAUUAUCUUGUUCUGGAGUGGCUGAACUGUGGAUAUAGUCUUUCAGUUUUUCCAUGGGUUCUGUUGAGUUACUCUAAUUUGGAAGAGUUCUACAGGUCCUGUUACAAAGUUUUGAUUCCACAAUUAGUGAUUAGAGAUCAGUUUGAAGAAAUUAAAUCCAUUGCUGACAAGAUUGAGAGAGAGUGGCGCCAGCUUCUGGCACAUUGCUUUCCAAAAAUCCUUCUCAAUAUCCUGCCUUAUUUUGCCUGUCAAAACCAAGAAGACAGUGAAACCGUGCUCAAGAAAGAAAGAGCUUACAAAGUGUAUGACAUGCUCAAGGAUAAAAAUUGCUUAGGAAAACAGCUGAUGGACAAUUUAAUUCACAGUAAUUUACCAGAGAUUGUGGUUGAGGUGCUGAUGACCUUACAUGAGCCAGUCAAUAGCAAACCAGGAGAAGAAUCUGCCUUAACCAGAUUUACAGGCGAUCUCGACCCCAUUCCUAAUCCCCCUCAUUUCCCAUCAUAUGUCAUCAAAGCAACAUUGGAUUACAUUAGUAGUUGCCAUAAAACUAAGUCAAAAAGUCUUGUUGCAGUUCUUUCCAAAAAUCCUGAGUCAUUCCAGAGAAUCUUACUUGCCAUAUGUAAGCAGACAUCUGGAACAAAUAAUGCUUACCAGAAACAUAGGCAUCUCAUGAUUUAUCAUUUUUUUGUGAGUUUAUUACUGAAAGAAAUAAAAGAUGGUUUAGGAGGUGCAUGGGCUUUUGUUCUUCGGGAUGUGAUUUACACAAUAAUUCACCACAUCAGCAACAGGCCUUCACUUCUGAAAGGGGUGUCCCUCCGGAGCUUCUUGCUUUGCUGUGACCUUCUCAGUUGCGUUUGCCAUGCGGCUGUCACCUAUUGUGAGGAUGCCCUGGGGAGUCACCUGCACGUUAUUGUAGGUACGCUAAUACCCAUAGUUGGAGAACAGCCUGAAGCCCAGGAAGAGGAAAUCAAUCAUUUCCUAUCCUUCAAUAUCUCUGAUGCCUUACCAAUAACGAGACUUGAAGGCUUAAAUGAUUUACGCAAAAAACUCGAAAGCCAUAAAGAUCAGAUGAAGGACCUUAUGAAAGCAUCUCAGGAAAAUCCAAAGGACUGCAUAAUAAUAAAGCUGAUGGCAAACUUGUUACAGCUUUCAAAAACGGCUGUAAACUCAACUGAUACUGUUCUAGAAGCAGUUGGAAGUUGCUUGGGAGAAAUUGGUCCUAUAAAUUUUUCUACCACAGCUCUGCAACACAAUAAAAACACAUCCUAUUACAGUGCAGUUAAUCUUUUUGAAGACAGAGAACUUCAGUGUACCUUCAUAAUGUUAUCUCUAAUAAAUAAUGCUUUAAUAGAUCAUUGCAUUGAAGUUCAGUCAGCUGCUGCAGCUUGUUUGAAAAACAUUUUAGCCACCAAAACUGGUCAGACGUUUUUGGAGAUUUAUAAAAACAAAGCAGAUACCAUGCUUAUCUACCUGCAUCCUUUCAGAGUAUCUAAGAAAAAGUUAUUGGCAGUUUCUGUGACUGUAAGAGAGAAUCCUUUAGAAGAUCUGAAUAAUACAAGCCUGUGGAUUCCUCAGAGUAGAAGCCAUGAUGUUUGGAUUAAGACCUUGACUUGUGCUUUAUUGGACAGUGGAGGGGUAAAAAGCGAAGUCCUUCAGUUUCUGAAGCCUUUGUGUGAGGUUCAAACAGAUUUUUGUCAGACUGUUCUUCCCUACUUGAUUCAUGAUAUCCUACUUCAUGAUUCAAAUGAAUCUGGACAAACUCUACUGUCCACGCAUAUCCAGAUGUUUUUUGCAACCUGCUGCAAAUAUGCUAUGACUCCUAGCCGAUCAUCAACACCUGCAAAUUCAGAUCCAGACUCAGAAACCCUUGUUUGUGGAAGUUUGGAUAAAAUAUCUCGACAGGCAAUGCUUGCUGUGGUGGACUACUUAAGGCGGCAAAAGAGGAGUCCUUCCAGUACAGUCUUUGAAGACAGCUUCUGGCUGGAGUUAAACUACCUUCAAGUUGCCAUGACAGCCCAGUCUUGUGCGGCUCACUUCACAGCUUUGCUAUGUGUAGAAAUCUACGCAGACAAGAUAAACUUAGACAAACAACAGAAAAGGUCUUCCAAAGUAGCUAAACGCAUAACAUUUGAGGAAGGAAGUCAGAACUUAACAAUUACAGGUUUGACUGAGAAGAGUAAAGAAGAGACUGGAAUAAGCUUGCAGGACCUUCUCAUGGAUAUCUACAGAAGCAUAGGAGAGCCAGAUAGUCUCUAUGGCUGUGGUGGAGGAAGAAUGUUGCAGCCUUUAGCUAGGAUAAGAACUUACGAGCAUGAAGCAUUAUGGGGGAAAGCCCUGGUCACUUACGACCUGGAAAGAAGCCUUCCACCCUCCACUCGGCAAGCAGGAAUAAUAGAGGCCUUGCAGAAUUUUGGGCUAUGUGACACCCUCUCCGUCUACUUAAAAGGACUAGAACAGGAGAACCCUGAAUGCUCGUUGGAAUUACAAGAGCUUCGUUAUCAGGCAGCUUGGAGGAAUAUGCAGUGGGACCUGACCUCUUUCGUCAAAGAUGAGUCGGGAGAAAGAGGUUACCAUGAAUCUCUGUAUGAUGCUCUGCAGUGUUUUAGGGACAAGGAAUUCCCUACUUUUUAUGAAAGACUAAAGUGUGCCAGAGUCAAGGAGGUCGAAGAACUGUCUAAAGGUAGUCUUGAGUCUGUGUAUUCCUUGCUGCCAACACUUUGCAGACUGCAGACCAUAGGAGAGUUGGAACACACAGGAUGGCUUUUCUCCGGACCUCUUACUAACAAGCAACUGAAUUAUAUGUAUCUGAAGUGGCAGAGCCAGUCCAGUCUCCUCCAGGACAGUGAUUUCAGUUUCCAGGAGCCUAUCAUGGCUUUGCGCACAGUGAUUCUGAAGGUCCUGCUGGAGAAAGAGAAUGAGAACGCCAAAAGGGACUGCAUUAAAGAUACUCUCACCAAACAUCUCGUGGAACUGUCGAGGUUGGCUCGCAUGGCCAAAAACACUCAGCUUCCAGAAAGAGCGAUGUUUCAAAUUAAACAGGAUAGCCCAAUGAGACAUGGGGUGUCUGAAUGGCAGUUGGAGGAAGCCCAGGUGUUCUGGGCUAAAAAGGAAGAGAGCUUAGCAUUGAGUAUUCUAAAGAAGAUGAUCAAGAAAUUGGAUGAAGAUUGGUUCACGGUUGAAAAAGACCCACACUUGAAACUAAUUUACACAGAAUGUUUGAGAUUAUGUGGAAGCUGGUUAGCAGAGACCUGUCUGGAAAAUCCUACCGUCAUUAUGCAGAAUUACUUGGAAAAGGCAGUAGAAGUUGCAGGAAGCCAAAAUGGUGACCACUGUGAUGAGCUAAAGAGUGGGAAGAUGAAGGCGUUUCUGUCUCUAGCUCGUUUUUCAGAUACUCAGUAUCAAAGAAUUGAGAACUAUAUGAAAUCCUCGGAGUUCGAAAACAAGCAAGCUUUGUUGAUGGCAGCCAAGGAGGAAGUUGGCCUACUAAGAGAGCAUAAGAUUCAGAUGAACAGAUACAUAGUCAAAGUUCAGCGGGAGCUUGAACUUGACGAACGUGCGAUUCAUGCACUGAGAGAAGAUCGCAGACGUUUCCUGUGCAAAGCGGUUGAGAACUACAUCAGCUGUUUACUGAGUGGAGAAGAGUACGACAUGUGGAUCUUCCGGCUUUGUUCACUCUGGCUUGAGAACUCGGGAGUUUCUGAUGUCAAUGCGAUGAUUAAGAGAGAGGCAGAGAAAAUACCGUCCUACAAGUUUCUUCCUCUGAUGUACCAGUUGGCUGCUAGAAUGGGAACCAAGAUGAUGGGAGGCCUAGGGUUUCAUCACAUUUUGAAUAAUCUUAUAGCAAGGAUUUCGCUAGAUCAUCCGCAUCACACUUUAUUUAUAAUCCUGGCUUUAGCAAAUGCCAACAAGGAUGAACUUCUGACCAAACCAGAAGCAGCAAGACAAAGCAGACUAACUAAAAAUGUGCCAAAAGAAAUCUCCCCCUUGGACAUGGAUCGCAUGGAGGCUGCCAGCAAUAUAAUUAACAUGAUAAAAUGCAGAAGAGCUGAUAUGGUGAGAAAUGUUGAAGCUCUAUGCGAUGCUUAUAUAAUUUUGGCAAACUUGGAUGCAAGUCCAUGGAAAUCUCAGAGAAGAGGCAUAAGUAUCCCAUCUGAUCAACCUAUUAUGAAACUAAAGAACCUAGAUGACGUUGUGGUACCUACCUUGGAAAUUAAGGUGGACCCAAGUGGAAAGUAUGAAAAUUUGGUUACAGUAAGAUCGUUCAAGCCUGAGUUUCGCUUAGCAGGAGGUGUCAAUCUACCGAAAAUAAUAGAUUGUAUUGGAUCAGACGGCAGAGAGAUGAGGCAACUUGUCAAGGGCCGUGAUGACCUGCGACAGGAUGCUGUUAUGCAGCAGGUUUUCCAGAUGUGCAACACUCUGCUCCAGCAAAAUACUGAGACCCGGAAAAGAAAGUUGACUAUCCGCAGAUAUAAGGUGGUUCCCCUCUCUCAGAGAAGUGGUGUCCUAGAGUGGUGCACAGGAACAAUCCCUCUGGGUGAAUUCCUCAUCAAUACUGACAGCAGUGCCCACAAAAGAUACAGGCCACAGGAUUACAGUAAUCUCUUCUGUCAAAAGACAAUGACGGAGGCCCAGAAGAAAGGUUCUGAGGAGAAACAUGAUAUCUUCAUGGACAUUUGCCAACAUUUUCAACCAGUAUUUCGCUACUUCUGUAUGGAGAAAUUUCUUGAUCCGGCGGUGUGGUUUGAGAAACGUUUGGCGUACACACGCAGUGUGGCUACAUCAUCCAUAGUUGGCUACAUACUUGGUCUUGGAGACAGACAUGUACAGAAUAUUCUGUUAGAUGAGCAGACUGCAGAACUGGUACACAUAGAUCUAGGUGUUGCCUUUGAGCAAGGCAAAAUCCUUCCUACCCCAGAAACUGUACCUUUUAGGUUAACUAGAGAUGUAGUAGAUGGAAUGGGUAUCACUGGAGUUGAGGGAGUCUUCAGGAGGUGCUGUGAAAAAACUAUGGCUGUCAUGAGAAAUUCCCAAGAAGCUCUGCUAACCAUUGUAGAGGUGCUUCUAUAUGACCCCCUUUUUGACUGGACCAUGAACCCUUUAAAAGCUUUGUACCUGCAGCAAAGGCUGGAGGAUGAGGCCGACACCAGUGGCAGCCUCAACCCUUCCAAUCAAGAAUGUAACACAAAAGCAAGUAGUGACACCCAGACCUUUAAUAAAGUGGCGGAGCGUGUCCUGAUGCGACUUCAGGAGAAACUGAAAGGAGUAGAGGAAGGGACCGUGCUCAGUGUGGGAGGCCAGGUGAACCUUCUCAUACAACAAGCCAUGGAUCCCAAAAACCUCAGCCGCCUCUAUCCGGGCUGGAAAGCCUGGGUGUGAACAUGGAUGGUAGGUUGAAACAAGCAAAAGUAAAUAAAUAAAUGGGCUCAGCUACGAGGGGCAGGAGGAGUGGUCACCAUUUCAAAUUAUGUAAAAACCACUUGAACACUGUGUCUGAUUAUUUUGUCUGAUCGGUCAAAGGUUUCUUUGGGGGGGGGAGUUGCGUUUCACUUGACUAAGGAUACAAGGCAUAUAGUAUGUAUUUCAGAAAGCUAAUGCUGCUACCAUUUGCAUGAAUUCAAAAGAAUAGAAAUGGUUAAUAUAACCCCUGCUUAGUUUACAGCCUAGGAAUGGUACUGCAAUACAGUGCUGCUCUUUAUGGUUUCGGUAUGUUAAAAGGGACAGAGCUUUGCCUCUAAACCUGGUGUUGGGAAAUGCACAAUGGCCACAGUGUCGGGCCGCCAUGCAAGGUGCCCCAUGCUGAGGUCCCUUCCAGACUGUUAGAAAUACACAGCAGUGCUGUUGAGAAAAGACACCCGCCAAUUUUAUUCGGCACAUUCACUGUAGAAAUAGCCGGGAGCUUUUAUUAGUAGUAUGUAGACAGAGUCUUGGUAGAUCAGGCCUGUAAAGCUGUCCAGGGCCAAAAGAUAAUAUGCCUAAAACUGACAUAGGUUACACAGCCCAGAAGACUGCAUUUCAGUCUGGAAAACAAAUGCAUUUGGAAAUGAUAAAACUAAUGUAUAACAUUUGCAGAUAGAGCUUUACUUCAGCAAUUGUUUAUGGCUACAAUUAUUUGUAUUAUUGAGGGUAUAUAGGCACAGAAAAUCCCUCCACUGUGGACUGCUGGAUAUUCUUUUGCUUUUUAUAAACGCUGAGUGAAAUGCUUGUUUUAAAAGCCACAGGCACAUAUCCCACCAUUCUGUUCAGCAAACCAUCAUGUGCAACGUGUACUCUUCACCUAUUCUGUAUCCUACAGUUCAUGGUUAUUAUUAUUACCAUUUAAAGAGACAUUAAUAUGAACUUACUAUGUUAGUAAGCUCAAAUAUGUAAAUCAGAUA